AAAGAACGAUUGACUUUUCCAUUCCCAGUUACCGCCACUAACUCUUUAUUGAAAGCUUUUAAGGUUUUCAUCUCUGCUGCAAAAGUUUAAGGAGAAAACAGAGAGAAGGGUGUAAGCAUUUGCCUGUAAAAAUGUCGCUGCGUGUAUUGAAUCCAAAUGCGGAGAUCCUGAACAAAUCUGCAGCACUGUACAUGAACAUCAAUGCCGCUAAAGGCUUGCAAGAUGUUCUGAAGACCAAUCUCGGCCCCAAGGGCACCAUUAAAAUGCUUGUUGGAGGGUCUGGGGACAUUAAGCUUACGAAAGAUGGAAACACCCUCUUGAAAGAAAUGCAAAUUCAGAACCCAACAGCUAUCAUGAUAGCAAGGACAGCUGUUGCACAGGAUGAUAUAAGUGGGGAUGGUACAACCUCAACAGUUCUUUUUAUUGGCGAGCUAAUGAAACAAUCAGAGCGUUACAUAAGUGAAGGAAUGCACCCUCGUGUGGUUGUGGAUGGAAUUGAAAUUGCAAAAAGAGCCACAUUGGAUUUUCUUGAGAAGUUCAAAACGUUGGUAAUCAUGGAAGGAACACCAGAUAAGGAGAUGCUAAAAAUGGUAGCAAGGACAACAGUUAGGACAAAGCUUUAUGAAGCACUUGCAGAUCAACUGACUGACAUUGUUGUAAAUGCGGUGCUUUGCAUUCAAAAACCUGAGGAAUCAAUUGAUCUAUUUAUGGUGGAAAUUAUGCAUAUGAGGCAUAAGUUCGAUGUAGAUACCCGUCUGGUUGAAGGGCUGGUCCUUGAUCAUGGAGCUCGUCAUCCAGACAUGAAGAAGCGUGUUGAGAAUUGUUAUAUACUAACUUGCAAUGUAUCAUUGGAAUAUGAAAAGAGUGAAGUAAAUGCAGGCUUCUUUUACUCGAAUGCCGAGCAGAGGGAGAAAAUGGUAAUAGCAGAAAGAAAACAUGUAGAUGACAAAGUUCAAAAGAUAAUUGACUUAAAGAAGAAGAUUUGUGAUGGACAUGACAAGAAUCUUGUUGUAAUCAACCAAAAAGGAAUAGAUCCCACUUCACUUGAUAUGCUAGCAAAAGAAGGGAUUGUAGCUCUAAGGAGAGCAAAGAGACGGAAUAUGGAGAGACUGGUGCUUGCUUGUGGUGGCGAAGCUGUUAAUUCUGUUGAUGACUUGACUCCGGAUGUGCUUGGCUGGGCAGGACUUGUAUAUGAGCAUGUGCUUGGGGAAGAAAAAUACACCUUUGUGGAGAAUGUUAAAAACCCUCACUCAUGUACAAUUCUUAUCAAAGGGCCAAAUGAUCAUACUAUUGCUCAAAUCAAGGAUGCAGUCCGUGAUGGAUUGAGAGCUGUCAAGAAUACAAUUGAAGAUCAAGCUGUUGUUUUGGGUGCGGGAGCAUUUGAAGUUGCAGCAAGUCAGCAUCUCAAAAACACUGUUAAGAAAACUGUUAAGGGGCGUGCACAGCUUGGAGUUGAAGCCUUUGCUGAUGCUCUUUUAGUUGUGCCAAAAACUCUAGCUGAAAACUCUGGACUAGAUACUCAGGAUGUAUUGAUUGGGCUCCAGGCUGAGCAUGAUAAAGGCAACAUUGUUGGUCUAAAUCAUCAUACAGGAGAACCAAUGGAUCCAUAUAUGGAGGGUAUUUUUGAUAAUUACUCUGUCAAGCAUCAAAUUAUCAAUUCAGGCCCUAUGAUUGCAUCACAGCUACUUCUGGUGGACGAGGUGAUCCGUGCUGGACGUAAUAUGCGCAAAAGCUGAAGUUUUCAUGUGGGCUUCCUUCUGGCAUUAUUUACAAUUGCCUGGAAGAUGGGUGGUAGCAAUUUUGUAGAGGGGAUGAUGGGAUUUAUAGUAAUUUCCGAGUGCAACAUACCUAUGGCCUAGCAAGAAAUUAAAUUUGUUUCAAGUACGAAAGCAUUAUUAUAAAAGUGCAGGAUUGUUCAAAGCUAAUUUCCUUAUCUAAUUUCCAGUUCAGUAAUUUUGUUUUGUGUUUUCGUGUGUCAUAGUUCUUCAACAUGGAGUUUAAGAUUCUUUCAAGCUUGUAAGUCUCAGAGUGUGCCUACUGUGGGUAUUACAUCUUGGCAUUUAAAUCUAGUGCACAAGACAGCGCUUUUUUUGUUUCUUUGAGUUUGUAUAUUUAAAUAUUUUUGAUCAGCCAACAAGGCUCUUGCCUUUCAUUGCAUCCAUAAUUCUGUAAGAUUCCCUGUUUUAAGGAUUUGGUUUUCCUAUUAUAUAAUUUAUGAGAGCUUUUAUC